CCAACUUCACUUCCCUUGUGUUUCUCUGUCGUCCUGUCCGUCCUCCUCUCAGAGGGGGAUCCAGUCGGUUCACGAUGAUUUCCCCCUCGACAUACUCGCUCUCGAGACCCGCUCCUCCCGUUCAACCGUCACAGUCUCUCGAAGGCAUGGAGAAGGUCAUCCCUCCAAGCCUUCCAGUCCCGUACGCCCAUACUAUCUCUCGUCUACACCUAGAUAAGCCGCUUCCCGACCUCCCCGAGAAACCGCCCACGCCGUUCAUCGGCUCAACGGCGUGGAGUGACGACAGCAGCACGGUCAACAGUUUCGAAGACGACCACAGCCACAGCGUAUCCAGACCAAGAUCCGCCGAGAGCUAUCCAGUCUUCGUCCGGUCAGGGUCGGCCGAUCUGCCCGAUUUCGUCGAUCACCCCGUCCCCGGCCCCGUCUCCACGCUGAACCGCACUCCAUCGCCAUCCGCAGAUCCCUACCACCAUCAGAUCCAUCAAAUCCAUCCAAAACCAGCACCAACCUUCACGUUUUUGACCGACGACGCCCCGCCCGCUCCGCGGUAUACAGAACCUACUCCACAAUGGAAUCCAAGCCACCGCGCUGGACCUAACCACUACUUUCGCGAGAAGAAGUGGGAUUUCUUCCCUGAGCUCGCGAUCCCCUCUAGUUCACCCCACAACUACAAUUCACCCCGCACUUGCAACAACAAAAACAGCCACCACAACCAAUUUCUACGGCCGCGUAAAAAAGACAGCGGGCGUUCACGAUGGAUUCCUCUCCCUGCGGAAAAGGGAGCGGCGCUGGCCAACGACGUCCGUAACUCGAUCCGCUACAUCCAGCGCCGCCUCUCACGCAACUCCCUCGACAGGGAAAAAUCAAAGAAGAGCCACCGGCCCACAACAGCGCCCAGUCCAGCUGUAUACCCCCGCAGUCCAUAUCCGUAUACCUUCGACCCGUCGCCGCGGAGCCACACUGCACCGUUGACCGGGCCCGACCGCGACAGCUUCGUACCGCACAGCCCUGACAGUGCGGAAAGGCUGUAUGUGAGCAUCCGCGAGAAGCAAGCAAUGGCAGACACCAGCCUCUCCCUCACUAGCACACCAACCGGUUCCACGAUCUCCGACCAGUCGCUCAUCGAACUAGAACGAGAAAGUCAUAACGACGCCCCGUUUUACCGUAAAAAGCAACUUGCCGUUCCGAUAUCUUCCUACCAGAGCCAUGACACCGCCAUCUGGGACAGAUCAGGGAAGGAGAAGAAACGGCCCAACUAUCCACGUCAGACGCCUCGCGUGCGAUUCCCAAAGUAUCGAAACAGCAGUCGACGGAACUCGUCAAUCAAGGAUAGCGCCGGACUUUCUGUGUCACCGCUCCGCCCGAAACAUUCGGCAUCGGCUUCAAUGCCAGCCCUGGUGUCGGGGUCUAGCCACACCCUGCAGCAAGGAACCCGCCACGCCGUGAGAGCACUGCAAGAUGGGACCAGCCACGUGCUCGUUGCGAUCGACGGCGCGAGAAGGAAGAUUGCCCGCUCUGGGUCUGGGACUACGCCCGGAUCCAAACUGGAUAGGAAGCGGACGGAGCUGAAGUCCCAGAUUCGGCUGGUUGGGCCGGUAAAUCCGUAUACUCAUACGGGCGAUCCUUGGAUUUGACCACUCGGAAACAUCUCUCCUUGUCGAUCAUCUCUUUUGUACUGAUUCUUUUAUUCCGUGGUUGGCCGUAAUCCUCAUU